AUCGCCGGUAUGCAUUUCUUGAUUUGCUCCAUGUCUGCCUGUGGAUUCCUUCCUUGCUGAGGAUACGAAUAGUCGAAUACACUCUGAGCUCAGAAACCCGGCCAACAAUUUGUCCAUUUCCUGCAAUUUUCUCCCAGAUUCACAGAACCUCCAACCGAUUUCUCUGUCCCGUCUGAAUUCUACAGAAUCGCCCACCCCCAGUUGCAUCUCUGCGAAUCAUAUGCGUCCCAUUUAGCUAUUCGCCCCCAUUCAGCUCCAGUUCCUCUCCCAUCGGCACCCGGAUCCUUCAAUUAGCGCCCCCAAUUAAGUUCUUUGCCUUCGAUUCGCGGCCAUGGAGUUCGUGGCGUCCAUCCUGGACACGGUGUUCCGGCCGCUCAAGGACUACUUCGCUCGGACUUUCGGGUAUGUCAUGUCGUGCGGCGAUUACAUCGAGGCGCUGGGGCACGAGAUGGACGAACUCAAGAGCAAGCGCGACGACGUGAAGCGCAUGGUGGACACCGCGGAGCGCCAGGGGAUGGAGGCCACCAGCCAGGUCAAGUGGUGGCUCGAGUGUGUUGCCAGGCUCGAGGACGCCGCCGCGCGGAUCGACGGCGAGUACCAGGCGCGCCUGGACCUGCCGCCCGACCAGGCGGCCGGCGUCAGGACUACCUACCGCCUCAGCCAGAAGGCCGACGAGACGCUCGCCGAGGCCGCCAGCCUCAAGGAGAAGGGCGCCUUCCACAAGGUCGCCGACGAGCUCGUGCAGGUCCGCUUCGAGGAGAUGCCGAGCGUGCCCGUCGUCGGCAUGGAUGCGCUGCUCCAGGAGCUCCACGCGUGCGUCCGGGGCGGCGGCGUGGGCGUCGUCGGCAUCUACGGCAUGGCCGGGGUCGGCAAGACCGCACUUCUCAACAAGUUCAACAACGAGUUCCUCAUCAACUCGCAGGACAUCAAUGUAGUCAUUUACAUCGAUGUCGGCAAGGAGUUCAAUCUUGACGACAUCCAGAAGCUCAUUGGGGACCGGCUCGGUGUGAGUUGGGAGAACAGAACGCCCAAGGAGCGCGCGGGGGUGCUCUACAGGGUACUCACCAAGAUGAAUUUUGUGCUGCUGCUGGACGACCUCUGGGAGCCACUCAACUUCCGGAUGCUCGGCAUUCCGGUCCCCAAACCCAAUUCCAAGAGCAAGAUCAUCAUGGCGACAAGGAUUGAGGACGUGUGCGACCGAAUGGACGUGCGUCGCAAGCUCAAGAUGGAGUGCCUCCCAUGGGAGCCUGCGUGGGAGCUCUUUCGAGAGAAGGUUGGCGAGCACCUCAUGCGUGCCACCGCUGAGAUUCGGCAGCACGCACAAGCGCUGGCCAUGAAGUGUGGCGGACUGCCGCUCGCGCUCAUCACUGUUGGUCGGGCGCUGGCCAGCAAGCACACAGCUAAAGAGUGGAAGCACGCCAUCACUGUGCUAAAGAUUGCCCCAUGGCAACUUCUGGGCAUGGAGACAGACGUUCUUACGCCUCUCAAGAACAGCUACGAUAACUUGCCCAGUGACAAGCUAAGGCUCUGCCUACUGUAUUGCUCGCUGUUUCCAGAGGAGUUCUCCAUUUCUAAGGAUUGGAUCAUAGGCUACUGCAUUGGUGAAGGUUUCAUAGAUGACUUGUACACUGAGAUGGAUGAGAUAUAUAACAAAGGUCAUGACCUUCUUGGUGAUCUUAAGAUUGCAUCUUUGCUGGACAGAGGUAAAGAUGAGGAACACAUCACUAUGCACCCCAUGGUCCGUGCAAUGGCUCUGUGGAUAGCAUCUGAAUUUGGCACAAAAGAGACUAAAUGGCUUGUACGUGCCGGAGUUGGACUGAAGGAAGCACCGGGUGCAGAGAAGUGGAGCGAUGCUGAACGGAUCUGCUUUAUGCGGAACAACAUUCUUGAGCUGUAUGAGAAGCCUAAUUGCCCUUCACUGAAGACCUUGAUGCUACAAGGCAACCCUGCAUUGGAUAAGAUAUGUGACGGCUUCUUCCAGUUCAUGCCAUCUCUCAGAGUAUUAGAUCUCUCACAUACCUCUAUCAGUGAAUUACCUUCAGGUAUCAGUGCGUUAGUUGAGUUGCAGUACCUUGAUUUGUACAACACAAACAUCAAGUCACUGCCAAGGGAGCUGGGGGCACUGGUAACUCUGCGGUUCUUGCUUCUCUCACAUAUGCCACUUGAAAUGAUCCCAGGUGGUGUCAUAGAUAGCCUCAAAAUGCUGCAAGUUCUGUACAUGGAUCUCAGUUAUGGAGAUUGGAAAGUCGGUGACAGUGGAAGCGGUGUUGAUUUUCAGGAGCUCGAGAGCCUGCGUAGGCUCAAGGCAAUCGAUAUCACAAUACAGUCACUUGAGGCCCUAGAGAGGUUGUCACGAUCAUAUCGUCUCGCUGGUUCAACAAGAAAUCUACUAAUAAAGACCUGUGGUAGCCUGACAAAGAUAAAGCUUCCUUCAAGCAACCUGUGGAAGAACAUGACAAACCUGAAGAGAGUGUGGAUCGCAAGCUGCAGCAAUCUAGCAGAGGUGAUCAUUGACGGUAGCAAAGAAACCGAUCGCUGCAUUGUACUUCCCAGUGAUUUCUUGCAAAGGCGGGGUGAACUUGUCGACGAAGAGCAGCCCAUCCUUCCAAACCUUCAGGGUGUCAUCCUUCAGGGCCUUCAUAAAGUAAAGAUUGUUUACAGAGGCGGGUGCAUCCAGAACCUAUCGUCAUUGUUCAUCUGGUAUUGCCAUGGGCUGGAGGAACUGAUUACUCUCAGUCCCAACGAAGGAGAACAAGAAACAGCAGCGAGCAGCGAUGAACAAGCUGCAGGAAUUUGUAAAGUCAUCACACCCUUCCCUAACCUUAAGGAGCUGUAUCUCCACGGUCUGGCAAAGUUCAGGACUCUGAGCAGUAGCACAUGUAUGCUGCGGUUCCCCUCACUGGCGAGCCUGAAGAUUGUGGAGUGUCCACGCCUGAAUAAGCUGAAACUCGCAGCAGCAGAGCUCAACGAAAUACAAUGCACAAGAGAAUGGUGGGAUGGGUUGGAGUGGGAUGAUGAGGAAGUCAAAGCGUCUUACGAACCAUUGUUUUGUCCUAUGCACUGAAUUUAGUUUUGGUUAGUAUGCUAAAUUCUUUUAGAGGUUGCUCUUUCCCUCUUGUUUGAUACAUAAUGCACUGAAUUCAGAGAUUAACUGUGUAGUUCAGUGUUGUCUUAUCUCUCUCCUUUGUGAAUGUACUCAUACAAAUUAACCAAAUUCUAGUCUUUCUGCACAA